ACGCUCGCUCCUCCUCUGAUGUGAAAGCAUCACAUGUCUGUUGUGACUGAGACAACAGUGCUCAAAUAUCCGGAGGCUGAGGGAGCUCUCCACCAAUCAGAUCCUUUGCUCCCCCCCCCAUGGCACUGGACAUAUGGAAAACCGCCAUCCCUCCAUUUCUCCUCUCGUCUCUAUCUGAUGAAGUGUUCACCUGACUCCAGGUCUGGCGUCUUGGAUUGUUUUCCUUCACUUUUAGGUAAACUUUGAUCACGCUUGAACUUUGGUGGGAUUCUUUUAGGAUGCUUAUGUUGUCUGUGCGGCUGAAGCGAUGAGCUUUGUUGAAUCACGUGGGAACAUUUGUGUAGAAUUGAAGUCAAAUAUUCCUGUUUAAAGUCUUUUCUCCAUUUUAUUUUUUCUCUCCUAAUUUUACAGCUUUGACUUUCAUAAAUGUGGCAGAAUUUCCAACCAGCUGCUCGUUCUGUGUUGUCUCUUCUGUUUUUUUUUUUUUUACCCCAAGAGGCCUGAUCUCCUGGAGAUGGCAGACCUGAAUCACAGAUGCCAUGGCAACUUUCCACAAAGGCGAGCCACCCUGAAUCCACGGGGAGAGGGGGGCCUGGCACAGCUGACGCUGGAGACUGUGUCACCCGAGACUGGUCCAGAUCUGGCAGUGGAGGAGGGAGCCCUCUCAACAGACCAGUUGAGGGGUUUUGGAGCAUCUGAGAUGGAGGAGCCAACCAGUACCGGAAAGAGCACUGAUUUGUCCCCAGCAUGGCGGGAAUGGGAAAGGCCUCCUGAAAAAGGUGUAAAAGCUCUACUGAGGACAAUCAGGAUUCACCCAGAGGCCCAGAGGAUUCUGGGUAAAUCCUCCAUAGCAGUGGUGACCCUGGAACGUCUGAACUUCCAGUCAGUGAGCUUGUCAUCUCUGCAGCCUGUGGUGUCUCUGCAGAGGCUGCCGGGUCAGACUCAUGCCCAGCCCCACAGCGAGGAAACAACAGACUGUCCUGAACAGCUCAUCGAGCAGAAUGGAUUCACUGAGGAAGAGGCAGGAAUGUUUGAGAUAAGUGAAACAUCCCCGGAGUCAGAUGAGCUGAGUCAAGCAGAAACAGCACCAACAUCCUGGACCGAACCAGUCUGCCCAGACUCCGCCUCCUCUGAGGAACCCGAGCAAGACUCGGGCUUUGACUGUGACUCUAAUCCAGACCUGCCAUUUAUUCUGUUUGACUCUGGCUCCGAUGGUGGAAAUAGUGACUCAGAAACCUUUUACCUGGAUCCGGAUGCUAGGCAGGCUGUGGUGAUCGAGCUGGGACCACAGACAGAAGUGGCUCAAGACAGACGCCUGGAGCUGGAGGAUGAAGCGGAAGCCGCAUGUGAAGCGGAUGGAGUUCAGGUGGAGCACAGUGAAGAUCAGCGUUCUGAUCUCUGCUGCGCCUUUGAGCUGCAGCUGGAGGCUGGAGGAGGAGCCGCGGAGAUGGAGAGUGAGGAUUUCUGUGCAGUUUGUCUGAAUGGCGGAGAGCUCCUGUGCUGCGACCGCUGCCCCAAAGUCUUCCAUGUGUCCUGUCACAUCCCCCCACUCAUCAGCUUUCCUCUGGGAGACUGGGUGUGCACGCUGUGCAGAACUGACCAGGAACCCACGGAGGCUUAUGACUGCGAGAGCAUCCACUCCUCAGCUAAAGUCCAUGCCCCCUACACGCUGUCCGAACAGAACCAGAGGAGGUGUGAGAAGUUGUGUCUGCUGUUGUACUGUCAUGAACUCAGCGCCCCGUUCCAUGAGCCUGUCAGCCCUCUGGCUCAAAACUACUACCAGAUCAUUAAAAGACCCAUCGACCUGUCAGUGAUACGGAGGAAACUGGACAAGAGCAACACUCUUCAUUACUUCACACCCGAGCAGUUUGUUGAUGACGUUGUGCUCAUGUUCAAGAACUGCGCCACUUUUAAUUAUCCAGACUCUGAGGUGGCCCAGGCCGGCCGAAACCUCGAGGAGUUUUUCCUCAUCAAGCUGAAGGAGGUUUUUCCUGAGCAGACCUUUCCAUCAGCCACUCAGGAUCGGACGGACAGGGCUCGCCUCCACUGGCUCAGCAGGAAGAGGAAAGAAAACUGCAGGAGGAAGAGACAUGUCUUCAGCGGAAAAAAAUACUGCCUUUAAUCAUCAUAGUGAUAGAGCCUUUAAUGGAAGAGAACUCAGAAAGCUUGUACAGAUACUUUUUAAUUAUUACAAUCUCAUCAUAGAAAACCAAUGACGUUACCUCAGAUAAGGAGAAUUAUGUUGUUUACCUUUUAAAUAUUUCUGAAAAUAUGAACAAAAUAAUCUUUUAUCAAACGAGGCUGCCUAUUUGACUUUUUUUAAAUGCAA